UUGGAUCAAGACGCUUACGGGAAGUACCGGUGCGUUUUCGAACUCGCUGGCUCUGACAGCAUCGGAUGGGACGUCUUCCUUCGUGUGCCCCCUAUUCUGCGCCUUUCGAGUGAUCCACCACCCCCGCCCCUUUCCGCUGCCGUCUUGCAUGAUCCUGCAUGCAAACAAUCACUCAAUCCGCACAACGUGUACCUGCGUAGCCAAUGGGAACAGGCCUGCCGCGUGGUAGUCGCCUUUCCUCCCGUUAGGUUGUCUAAAUUCUAUUGGAACUGGAGUCAUCCGGAGCACGCCCUCCGAUUGGCCGAUUCGAAGAUGUUGGAGGAUGGGUCGCAGCAGCAACAGCCCGUUUCUGCCAAUGCUCAAUUACCGGCGGAAGAGGAGGCGGAGGAUGGGAACUGCGCCGGACUAAUAAUCGAACAGAAGGAGAAGGAGCCAAUGGAGGGCUCCGUCAUCUUCUGGUGUCAUGCCGAAAAUGAGGUUGGUGGGUCGGAAGUUUGGUGGCCAACUGCUGACAACUCAGAUACACGUAAGCUUUGCAUUCGCUAA